UCAAGAUAAUUUCUUUCCUACGGUCACACUUGCAGUGUCAAUGUUAUUAAUAUCGCCGGUCGUGAAACGGGCUCAUUUCAUUUUAGUUAUAUUUCCUUUUAUUUAUGUCUACCGAUAAUUUGAUUGGUAUGCUUGUUUGUGGUAUUAAAGUAGUAAUGAUGCGCGCUUCUCGUUUUAACAUUGUUGCAUUUGCCCGGUAAAGAGAACGCUUAAGCAGGGCAUGGACUAAAGCACAAACGUUUACCUCUCGCAGCAAACACGUGAAAUACACAUAAAAAAAAAAAAACAAAAUAAAAACUACGAUCAUGUCUGUGGGUUUGGGUUUCGAAGAGUUAAAUUUUUUGUUCAGUCCACCACAUGAGCGAUCGCAAAACGGAAUUAAUGACAAUUCGCAGACAAUACCCGCAAAUGGGCAGUUGUCAAAAAAGCGUCUCCAGGUCGCCGACCUCAUUGCCGCCAACGAUGAACUAGUGCGCCAGGUAAAAGAGUUUGAGGCACAACAGCAGCAGCUGAGCAGCGUAAAGCGAACUGCUAGCGAGGUAACUGAGUUGUACCAGCAGGAGAAAAAACAACGCAUCGAGCUCGAGCGCCGAGCGCUUGAAGAUAGUAAGCGUUGCUCUGAGCUGGAAAAGCAGCUGGACGUACAAAAGCUAAACUGCGAGCAGCUAGAGGAGCAAGCAAAAAUAAAGUGUCUGCCAGUUGAUGCUAAAGAUAUGGUCAUUAUUUUUAUGCAGCUGGCGCUGCGAAUUCUCGAUGACCCUAGUUCUAAUGGCUUAACGCGGGCCGAGCAUAAUAUGCUGCGCAAGCUAAAAGAUUACUGCAAGUCGGCAAAUAUUUGUUUACCUCCUUCGAAGAGCCCAACAAAGAAACGAACGAAAAUUUCGUCAACAACGCAAGCAACUUCAUCCACACAAACGCUGGACACGCAGAUUUUGGCACCCAGCAAGCCGGAAAUGUGCUCGAUUGCCGUACAGAGCGAAAGUUUUGUAACCACACGAGAUCAGGGCAUACAGCACAAGAACACCACAACAACACGCGGUACAACGACGGCAUCGUUCAUCAAAAUGCACGAUGUGGGCACCUGCUUUCCAGAGCCGAAGCCCCCUCUUAAUGCUUAUCAAAUAUUGGAAAAGAUACUCCCCUGGACUAUUGCGCCGCUGAGCCCCAUCAUUGAUCAGUCACCAACACCGGAAGCGUCGCCAAUGACUAGUAUCGGGACUUGCACAGAGUUGUGCAAUGUGUAUCGGGAGAUUGACUACCUCCCAGAACUGCCAGCUCAAUUGAAGCAUUCUGAUUCCAGACCACCAUCCCGAGCCAUGUAUGAUAGUGUCAAGGAUGAAUUGGCGCCGCCUUUUGAUGCAGCUGCACUUGAUGGCAAUAGCCACCACAUGGCCAAGGAGUUGCUCAGCUUUUUGCCGCAUAAUCAAAGCAUUCUAGCCAAAAUGCCAUCCCAGGUAUUCGAAGAGGUCUGGCAAGUUAUGGGCCAAAUGGUGUUUGUUGCCCUACAGAGUAGCUCUGCGAGUUCCAUUAGCCAGGCUGAUUUUCGCAGCUGGUUUGACACGCUGUACGAGAGCCACCAAGCUCAAAAUGUUGCAUGCAGCAAAAACAUUAGUAACAAAGAAACCAAAUUUAUGGCACCGGCAGAUGAAGGAUCACUACCUGAUGCUCACACAGAUCACAUAAAAUCACCGCCACCGAAAACAGAGCUAGACCUGACGCCCAUACGACUGCCGAUUAAACCUCUGUUCAGGGCAAUGCGAAAGCCCAACAUCAAACCAAAGAAAAGGAAACUAAAACCAUGCGCACGACGACAGUCACAGGCACAGCCGAAGCAGAAGGAAAUUUCGAGGCCCGCAUCACCCACAGAAACUGCAGUUAAUUUCCUAACCAAAUUAAAUGCUUUUCACAACCCUAACUGUGAUAACUUCGACAUUCAGCUGAACGCAGAGGAACGUCAAUUGCUGCAACUGACAUCUGCAACAGCAAAUACUAAACAGCCGCCGAUCACGCCUAUUGUUUGUGAGGAGUUUGCUCCACAAAGUCCUUUAUUAGACUUGUCCCAUAGUAUGGACACGCAAGUGAAUGAUGCAGUGGAACACGUAUCGUUGCAUAUCAGAUGUGCAGUAGAGGAUAAGUCACAUCCCAGCCAUUCACAGCCGUCAGUAAAACAUAUUGUUCCUGAACAAGUUGAUUCGCUACCUGCAGAUCAUUUAUUGGCGCUGUUUGGCAGUGAUUCGGAUUCGGAAGAUGAAACGAAUCAGGACAGGCAGGUGGCAAUUGCAGAAGCAAACACUGACAGCAAAAGUUCGAAGUCCAUGAAUUCAAUUAUCGUGAAUGAGGAAAUACACAAUGAUUACGUCGUCCAGCAUGAAGAUAUAGCGCCGAACACCAAUUUAGUCAUCAAUAAUGGCGACUUUCCCAGCGAUAAGGAAAACCUGCCAAAUGUGAAGCAGCCACCUGUGAAAUUUUGUGCUUAUGACCGCAAGCGAAAGCCAAGUACGAGUAGUUCAUCUGAGUCUCAGUCAGCAUCUAGUGAAGAAGAGAGUUUAGUCAUCAACAAUGGAGAUAUAAAACUUCAGCCUGUGACAGUUCCCUCCGAAAAACCCAUACGAGGAGUAAGCAAGCGCAUUGCACGCGAGGCAAAGUCGGCGAUAAGUGAGGAAUCAAUCGAUUCCGAUGAAAGUGUGAAUAAUAUCUCAGUGUCAAACGAUCUUCAGAGCGGUACGGAUGACCAUGAUACAAGCUCACAGGUUUCGAUUACUGCAGACAAAUUGGCUUUGAUAACUCCUGUUGAGCCCCAACAGACUGCAAAUGAGGAAUCAGACGAUUCUGAUACGAACAGUGCGGACAGGAAUUUAUUUAUCGCUUAUGCUGAUAUCCACAGCGACUUCGUGCACAACGAUGAGAUGUCGCCGAUGUCGAUAUUUAUUGAUAAACUGAAGCGGGAAACAUGUGACGAAUCAAGCGAUUCGGAUGUGGACAGCAUGGACAAAAGAUUAGUCAUCAAUGAUGACCUGCACGUGGAUUCUGAUAAUGAGGGAGAUAAAUGUUUUCAAAAUACCAUAGAAAGCCUGCCUGUGAUAAUACCCGAUGAUAAACGUAUGCGAAAAGCGAGCUCAUGUAGUUCAUCCGAUUCUCAAUCGGCGAUAAGUGAAGACGCCAUCGCUUCUGACGCAGAUUGUACGGACAAGAAUCUGGUCAUGGAACACCACGAUGAAGUCAAGCACCAAAAUCGAAAACGUAAGCGAAAUUCCAGCAUGAAUGGCUCUCCUGAGUCACAGCCCACUGAAAAGCGGCUCACGCGUUCGCAAGCCAAGCAGCUACUGAUGGAAGCUGAUAACCAAGACUCGAGCAACGUAACCGACGUGCAACUAAACUGCAUACAUGAGUGUUCCCCAAUGUCGCCCGUCGACUCAGCUAACUGUGAGGCGGAUGAUUGCGAGCCCAUCGAAAUUCCCCUGGAUGCACCCGAUAGCCAAAACAACUUGAGUGCGCCAAAGGCGCUGCUAUCCUACAUGAUUAACGCCCAUAAAGCUGAUAUUAAGCAAAGGAGUCAUCGAAAGCAGAAACCAAAUAAGAAACAAAUGGAUCAGCUGCAUUCUAAAAUAAUCGAUUACCUUAAACUCUCAGUGCCGUUGGAACUGACGUCUACCCAGUUGGCAGCAAUAGAUGACCCAGUACUUAUCAAUGUCCUAAUAUCUGGAUAUGGUGAACUGUCGGUCGAAGCAGGCGUCAAAGAUGUCCUAAUCUUGGAACGGCUGCUGACAAUGCUUAAGCAGUUUGACUGUGAGAGAUGCUCGUUUAUAGAACACUUCAUGAAGACGUUGGAGCAGCGUUUGUUCAACCCGAAAGACCGAUUGUCAGACCCCAUGGCACAUAAAUUUGUGAAACUCUUUUUGCAGUUGAUUGGACUGCAGGAAAGCCUAACAAAUCCCGUCGAGAGCUAUUCGAAUCCAGCACGCCUGUUGCUAGCGAAAAUACUCUACCACUACAGUAAGCAGAUGUCACUCCUGGUGUUGGAAGUGCUCUGCCAUUUUCCCACAGUGUUGCCGCAUCGAGAGGAGCGAGAUUAUGAUCAUAGUGAUCCUUUAAUUACGGUCUUGAAGCAUCUGCUGAUGUGCCAUCAGUACAAUGUAAGUGAUCCCCAAGGACCGGACCGUGCGCUAAUAUCCAAGCUUCGGUUUGAAUACCACUUCCAGCCAUUUGAGCCAACGAAGCAGCAGGUGAUCGAGAACCUAGUGGAGAAGAUUAAAGCGGGCCGCGCCCAUCAGCUGAGCUAUGCCUUUGCCCUCUUCUGCAGGCGAAGCAUCCAACUCAAUGUGGCCAACUUACUGGCGGAACAUCUGAUGCCGCUUGCCAACAGCUACUGUGAUUUCUGUGUAGAGAACGAGGAAUACGAUGCACGCAUGGAAAGCCUGCUGCAGUGCACGUCGACGAUUGUCAAGCAGCUACGGCUGGACGGACAAUCGGAUAUCACGGGCUACAUAGCGCUUUUCAAGCGGAUACUCGUGGCGGUGCCACGGCCUGGCGUGCAGGAGGCAGCCGUUCAGGCCAUACUACGCAUGCAACGAUUCGGCUACGCAUUUGUUGUGGAAGCCUUGCAGAGCUACAGGCCUGACCACCAAUUAACAUCGCUGACACGCGCAAUGCUUCGCACCUUUGUUGAGCGACGCCAGCAGUACCUGCUAGCAUCGAGGGUAUAAUUCAACUGAAACAGUUCCGAAUAUCGAGUUGGUAGUUUGUAUGAAUUUUAACUAUUUAUUUGUAUGUAUAUAGUAUAUAUAUAUAUAUUAUUUUGAAUUAAACUAAAUGCCAACUGCAAGUGAUAUUUUUACAAUUUUUCACUUAGAACUAAAAUGAACUUGCAUUAGAAAGGAAUACACAUUAAAUGUUAUAAAUGAUUGCACGUUAAAUCAAACAAAAAAGCGUGGAGUGUGUGUAUGUGUGUGCUAUGUCAAUCGAGCAACAUAAAGAUUAGCGUAAUUUCAAAUAUACAAGAGUGUUUGUUUCGUUCAGAGUUUCGUGACUGUACAACAAGCAUGGGGAUAUACACACAUAUGUAAGUAGAUCAAUAUAAGUAUUAUUAACUACGCCGCCUGCAAGUCGAAAAGCCUUAAGCAGCAGAUAGAGCAACAACUUGUGACUAAGUUGAGGUAAGGUACUUGUGAACUUGGGCUAAACGUUCAGCUUGAAUU